GGGUGUGGUACCCUACCUCUUCCGUUUACUUCAACGUCGCACAGACAAAAGGAAUACACAAACGCGUGUAUCAGCAUUCAACACUCUUCAUACAUCGCAGAUAGAUCAAUAUUGGAAAGUUUUGUGGAAGUUAACAUGGGUUUUCAGUCACAUUGGUUAAAACUUAUAUUUUUAUUUACCUGCGUCGAUCUCUGUCUGUCUCAGAAAAAUGAGCGUAAUGCUGCCGUUGACGACCUAGGAUUCUCAGGGAACGAGACAAUGGAGGGGGUAGGGGUCUCUCUUACGGGCCUCAUGGUUCUGGACAGUCAUCUGACCACGGUGUUCCUUCCCAUCAUCUACAUAGUGGUGUUUGCUGUGGGGCUGCCCACCAACACCAUGGCCAUCUGGGUCUUCCUGUUCAGGACCAAGAAGAAGCACCCUGCCACCAUCUACAUGGCCAACCUGGCUCUGUCUGACCUGCUCUUUGUCAUCUGGACACCUCUGAAGAUCGCCUACCACUUCAACGGUAACGACUGGAUCUAUGGAGAGAGGCUGUGUAAAGUCCUGGUGGGCUUCUUCUAUGGGAACAUGUACUGCUCCAUCCUCUUCAUCACCUGUAUCAGUGUCCAGCGCUACUGGGCCAUUGUUUACCCCCUCUCCCAGGAUUGUAGGAACAACCAUGUAGCCAUCGGUGUCUCGGUCGCAGUCUGGGUGGGGGUCUGGCUGCUAACCACCCCUCUCUACCUCUAUGACCAGACAGUCAAGGUGACCAACCUCAACAUCACCACCUGCCACGACGUCAUCCGGCCCAGCCAGAUUAGCAUGGCCGUCGGCUACUUCCUGACCAUGGGAACCCUUGGAUUUGUAGUUCCCACUGUGGUGUGCGUGGUGGCCUACGUUCUGAUGCUCAAGUCCCUGAGGAACUCAAUGACGGACAACAGCAUCACCAAGAAUCGGCGCAAGGCUGUGGUGCUCAUCAUUACUGUGCUGGUCAUGUUCCUGGUCUGUUUCACCCCCAGUAACAUCAUGCUGCUGGUGCACUACUCCCUCCUGCUGGCCGGAGUAGUGAACAAUGGCUACGGCUUCUACAUCACCACCCUGUGUCUGGCCGCCCUCAACAGCUGUGUGGAUCCAUUCAUCUACUACUUCAUCUCAGAGGAGUUCAGGGACCACGUGAAGAACACGCUGAGGUGCCGAAGUGAGAGGACAGUGGCGAGGAUGAGGGUCUCGUUCAGCGCUCUUAAGUACUCCAAGAAAAAAAGCACCUACACGUCAGACUCAGGGACACAGAGCUGCUCCUGUUAAGGGGGUUGUCAUGUGGAGAUGGAAGUAGGCUUUACUGAUGUUUUUAAAGUACUGGACAGGUGAAAGAGGAAGAGCUGGUGACCAUCUGCCAUGUUGCUUUCACCUGACUUGUUUCAUCAUUAUUAAUGGACAUGGUGCCAUUUUAAACUGAGUUGCAACCCCAGACUACUUCAUAUUAUGUGCUAGUGUUACAUUGGCUUCUCUCCCCUCAUACAUGAUAUUUACAUGGAGAUUUUGUUGGUUUUAUAUAGAGGGCAAAAUUAGUAAGAGUGAUGAGGCAAAUUGUUUUUAUUCCGUGUUACUGAUCCAUCCUCCACGUUUAGACAAUCCGAUGUCCAUUAAGUUUGGUCCAGCGCGGAGCUCUCCAAAACUUUCAACUUUCAACCGGUGUCAACUUUCAUCUUUCUCAGUGCCCUGCACUGACCCUUGACUUCUUUAAGUGAGCCAUUCACAUACAGUACCUAGCGAAAGUCUACACCCCCCUUGCACAGUUAUGGCAUUUUCUACACCACCUGCUUGACAUUUUCAAAGUGAAAAGUAGAAAAUGUUUGAAAAAAAUAAACAAAGAUGUCUUGUUUGUAUUCACACCCCAUAGUUAACACUUAGUGGAAGCACCUUUGGCAGCAAUUACAGCUGAAAGUCAUUUUGAAUAACAUUCUACCUACUCUUAGCGUAACAUAUCCAUUGUUUUUGUCAAAAUUGCUCAAACUCAGUGCAGUUGGUUGGGAAUCAUUGAUGAAGGCAAACAGUCUUUGAUUUUCAAGCAGAUUUAAGUCAGGCUGGAAACUGGACCCCUCUGAAACACUCAACACCUCUUGGCAUGCCAUUCUGGUGUGUCUUGUUAUUCAAAUUUCUGUAAUUGUCCCCCUUGAUUUUUUCCACAUUUUGUUAUGUUACAGGCUUAUUCUAAAAUUGAUUAAAUCAUUUUUCCCCCUCGUCAAUCUACACACACUACCCCA